AUGGAAAAUAAACUAGGAAGAAAUACUGAACGCCAGAAAAACAAAUACGAACGCUUAACCAAACAUAAGGAGCACAGAUCAUCACUUCUAAAACAAGCUAGCAAGAAAGCGAAUAACGUCGGCUUAAGGAACUCAAAAGCAUCGAUUUUUAUACGAGACAUGAGAGUUGACAAAUAUGUGAAAAAUUUGAUGCAGAAAUUAGACAACGGGGACUUUUCGGAUCUCUCCUAUUUUUACGAAGGUAAAGCUGGUGAUGAAGAUUUAUUAGAAGAAGCAGAAAAUGUGGAAAGCCGCAUUGAAGACAAAGUUGCUGCAAUGGAUCCACAAGAUGACAAUAAUAAAGAUGAGCUUUGA